AUGUCGGCUCCCGACGUCUCCAUGGCCGCCGCUACCGACAGCGGCCCUGACCACGAUGCCGACAGCCAGUCGCCCACAGGCGGCGGCUCACCACCCUCGGAGCACGCCCGCCCGCGCAAACGCACCCGCCGCGCGUGCGACAAGUGCAGCACCUCGCGCACCCGCUGCAAUGGCGAGUACCCCUGUCGACGUUGCAAAGAUUACGGAUACGUUUGUCGCUACAACCGCGAGGUCAAGAAGCGCGGCCGCCUGCCCGCUUCGGCCAGUGCCAAUGCCGCCGCCCACACCAAGCCGCGUGAGCUAACGACGACGACGACGCAAGCUGCACCCGGUUUGCAGUCAUCGCCCUCGCUUCUCUCGCCGCCUCAUGCGGCGGCAAGCCACCCGACCCCGACCUACAAGCCGAAGUUGGAACCCCCGAAAGCGCAGAUGAGCUCGCCCCGCCCUAGUGUGCCACCGCCGUACGAGCUCCCGCCGUCCACCAACGACGUCCGCGCCCAGCAGCGCAUCUCGGCCGCGCUCAAUGUUUCGUCCCUCGUGCACCAGAUCCCACCCACCGCGCAUCAUUACUCGCACAGCGCGGCCGCCGAUGGACAUCUCAAGAGGCCGCGACCGCACUUGGUGUCGCUAAUGGCGGCCGAGAGCCCCGAGGCGCUCGCGUCGGACGAGAGCGCCGGCUACCCGUCACCCGCCAAUGGCCUGACACCCAACGAGUACGGCACCACACACCAGAGAUACCCGCCCCGGCCUUCGACGAGCAGCCACCGCCAUCGAGAGUCGUUUGGUGGUGCGAGUGUCGCCGAGACGAGCAGCCACGACUAUGGCACCAAGGCCCCGACCGAGGACUGCAGCUACAAGUUCCUGCAUCCUGUCCUCCGAUAUAUUCGCAACAUCAUACCAGCCUCGGUCGCAUGCGACUUGCUCGAAAUCUUUCUCACUGACCCUGGCAGCUCGCUCUUUCACGGCGCCUCUCCGUACAUUCUCACUCGAAUAUUCCGCAAACAGUCUAUUCUCCAUCCCACACACCCGCGACCGACGACGCCGGCCCUCCUCGCCACGAUCCUAUGGUGCGUCGCCCAGACGGCCGACGUCAUGAUCCUCCACGUGCCGGGCACCAGAGCCAAGAUUGUCAAUGAACUGUACGAGCUUGCCACCUCGUUGGUCUCUGCGCGCGACCCAGAUCGAUGGCGUCGCAUCCACGGCGGCCUGCGCGCCGAGCACGAAGCACCCCACCCCAGCUUGGUGACAACGAGCGCCGUGCCGACGCUGACGGUGGCCAAUGAACCUGCGGGCGUUGUCGACGACGUCUUGACCUACAUCCUGCUCUCCAUUGCUGUUUCGGGGGGGGACUUUAAAUCGGACAGCCACAAGUGGUGGUCCAAGGCUACGCGGCUGACCUUUUCGCUCAAGAUGAACAGAGAGGACGAACGGUGCCCCGGACCGCUUUCGCCCUGCGCGAAUCCAUUGUGCGCAUGUCGGCGUGAGCAGGAGCCGAUGACUCUACAGUCUGUUGAGAAUAGAGAGGAGCGUCGGCGCGUCUUUUGGCUUCUGUAUAGUUUAGACAGACACUUGUCCUUGUCGUUCAACACCAUUCUUAGUAUACCAGACUCAUACUGCGAGGUCUACACACCCUUACCAGAGUAUGUCUGGGAAAACCUCGACUCCAUCUCUCCCAGCGAGUUACCUGUCCGGCACAUCGGGCCGCCUACACUGGCCUCUGGUACCGGCUUUUUCGAGUUCUUUCUGCCGCUCAUGGCCAUCCUCGGUGACAUUGUCGAGCUUCACCACCGACGUCACCACCCUCGCCUCGGUGGUCUAGACGAUGCGCACUCCGUCGUCGUCAUUUCCAAACUCCUGGCCGAUUUCGAGCUGAGCCUGGAGAGUCUCGGCGGUGAGGCUCCCGUACGAGGCUUCACAGACACGGCCGUGGGCAUAAGCGGCGGCCUGCCUCCCAUGGACACGGCGCAGCAGUACCACGGCGACCAAUCCCGCGUUCGCCUCGUCCGGGCGUACAGCACGCAUAUACUGCAUGUGCUGCACGUGCUACUACAUGGAAAAUGGGACGCCAUUUCCAUGCUGGACGACGGCGACGACUGGAUCACCUCGAAGCGCUUCACCGAAUGUGCGUCGCACGCCAUUUCCGCCUCGCAGUCCGUGUCGACGAUUCUCACGCUGGACCCGGAACUGACCUUUAUGUCGUAUCUCUUUGGCAUUUACCUGCUGCAGGGCAGUUUCAUCCUGCUACUGUUUGCGGACCGUAUGCCGCAGGUCGGGCCGAACGAGUCGGUGGAGCAGGCCUGUGAAGACAUUAUCCGCGCGCACGAAGUAUGCGUCGUCACGCUCAACACGGAGUUUCAGAAAAACUUUCGACGCGUUGUCCGCUCGACUCUGUAUUCGGUGCGAGGCGCGGGCACGACGAAUCUGGAGGAGCAUCGGGCGCGGCGCAGAGCAUUGUCGCUGUACAGGUGGACAAAGGGGGCUCGCGGCCUGGGCCUGUAA